CACCUAAACCAUUUUGGUGACCUUUCUUUGUGAUUGUGCUUAUUAUGCAUUACGACUACAAUUUAUACACUUGUUUUUUGAGUACAUCUCUUCGUUAAGUUUAUGCGGAUAGAAUAGUGCGUUAAUUUUAUUAUGUAAUACGUUAUUAACGCCACCAAGAGUGGUAGAUAGUAAAUGACGCAGUUCGAAGCAUCUUUAUUUUAGCCUACUUACAAACAGCUGUUACGUCGUCACGCCUUUUGCAUAAAACACUAGACUUUAGCUUUAGUACAUACAAGGAAAAGCAAUUCAAAAUCUAAUUAUGGAGUUGAAAAAAGCAAGAUGCAUGGUGACAGAAUAAUAAAAUUGAAAAUGACUUAUGAUAUGAAUUUAAAGCACCAAACUAAUAGCAUAUUGGUUAAUUUGUAAAGUACAAGUGGUAUGUCAAUUUAGAAUAAAUCUUGACUAUAUACAGAAGAAUUCACCUAGUUUAAAUCUCAAGUGUAAAUAAUUAUCAUGAACCCCUCAUUAGUAAUUAAACAGGGGACAUCUACUGGACAAUCUGGCAUGCAACCUGGAAUGGUCACAGUCCCCAUAACUGUCAGUUCAAGCAUGUCCAAUACUAUCCCUAAUGCUUUAACAAUGAACAAACCUGGGCAGAAUGUUGUUGUCACCACACAAAACUUGGGUUCAGGCCAACCCACCAUAUUGCCUAAUGUGCAAAUAUUAAACAUGAGACCUGAAGCGCCUUCAGUUGCGGCACAGAAGUCUGUAGCUACAGUAUCACCACGAGUUGUGAUUGGCACACAACAGGUAGUUGGUGCAAGAGCAGUAGCGCCAGGUAUUACAUUGCAAACAUUACAAAGCUUACAACAAGGACAGCAGGGUCAUUUAUUGUUGAAGACUGAUACUGGGCAAUAUCAACUGUUAAGAGUUGGCCCCGCUCCUGCAGGCAAUACCCUUGCUGCACCGCAACCGCAGACUUUGCGUCUGUCCACAGUACCUGCACACCCUGGUGUGGCUACAGUAUCCACUAGCAUUGCAGCACCAACCCAAAUGCCUACACAAAUACAGCAGGCAGGACCAGCACCUGUGUCAGUGUCUGCGAGUAUGCAGUCUGCUACUCCACCAUCACAGCCACCGACUGUCACCACUCAAAAGCCCUCAGAUAAUACCAAGGAAAAGUGCCGUAACUUCCUUGCGAAUCUACUUGACCUAUCUAGCAAGGAACCCAAAUCCGUUGAAACAAAUGUGAGAAAUCUCAUCCAGGAACUAAUAGAUGCUCAAGUUGAGCCUGAAGAGUUCUGUAACAGACUUGAACGUUUGCUGAAUGCAAGUCCUCAACCUUGCUUGAUUGGAUUCUUGAAAAAAAGCUUACCAUUGCUUAGGCAGUCAUUAGUUACCAAAGAAUUGGUCAUUGAAGGUAUUAAUCCUCCUGCACCUCAUGUCGCAUUUUCUAAUAUUCCGGCCCCAACACAACAAGUUGUAAGUACUUCCAAUAUUCAAAUGCAAAAACCUGCUCCAAAAGUGGGUGGUACAAUUGCAGUGCUUCAAAACAUACCUGUACACACUAAAAUAAAUGUAGGCAAAGUUGGGAAGACUGUAGGAGUAAAUAAUAAAGCCAAUUUCCCGCGCCCUGGAUUGUCCUCUGCUGCACUGUCCACUGUUAUUACACCUGGACAAUCCCUUUUGAAAGAAAAAGAAAAAAGGUCCUCCAUGCCCUUUACUCCACCUCACUUUGUUGAUGACAAGAUGGCAGGGGAUGAUGAUAUAAAUGAUGUUGCUGCCAUGGGUGGAGUGAAUUUGGCUGAGGAAAGCCAAAGAAUUCUUGGAUCUACUGAAAUGAUUGGAACACAGAUAAGGUCAUGUAAAGAUGAAUUCUUGGUCCCAAUGCAUUUGAUGCAAGCUAGAGUAAAAGCAACUUGUGCCAAGCAUGGAUUAGAGGAACCAUCUCCUGAAGUAUCGGCGCUUUUGUGUCAUGCUCUCCAUGAGAGGCUCAAGACUAUUGUAGAAAAGUUAGCAGUUAUUGCACAACAUCGAAUCGAUUUAUGUGUUAAGAUGGAUAAUCGAUAUGAGGUUUCUCAAGAUGUGAAAAGUCAGAUUAAAUUCCUCGAAGAGAGAGAUCGUGUCGUAAAGAAGAGAUGCGAAGAUACUGAACGUGAGAUGUUACUUCGCGCUGCAAAGUCUCGGUCAAAGAAUGAGGAUCCUGAGCAGGCGAAACUUAAGGCUAAAGCUAAAGAAAUGCAACGCGCAGAAUUAGAAGAGGUACGCCAACGAGAAGCAAAUCUGACAGCUCUUCAGGCUAUCGGACCGCGUAAGAAACCGCGACUUAAUGAAGGUGUUGGUGGAUCAGGCGAUAAUGCUUCGACCAACAGUAAUCAAACUUCAAGUGGCAUGACUGGUCGCGGACAGAUGGCUCUGCGCACUCGUAUAAAACGUAUCAACCUUCGCGACAUGCUCUUCCUUUUGGAACAAGAAAAAGACACUGCACGGUCACUAUUACUGUACCGUAGUUACCUAAAGUAAUUGAAAGGAAAUUGAAUUUAACCCAAAAUAUCAUGUUUGAUACAUUUUGGAGAAAUAUGUUGUGCUUUUACAUUUCUAUAAUCCCUUCAUAUUUACCAAAAUGGUAAUAUUUCUUAAGAAUGUAAAAUAAGAACAUAUGAAACUUGAUUAGAAUAAUGAUACAUAUUCUGACAUAUAAGUUUAGGUGACUUAAGUUAUUUUUAUAUAUUCUUUUAAUUGGUAGGUGUAUUAAGGAAAUUAAAUCUUAAAGUAAAUGUUAUUAAAAUUAAGAUUUUAUAUCACAAUGAAAACCUAAAAGCUAAAGCUCCUUGUACUCAGUUGUAUUUAAAAGUAUUCAGUAAAAUUCAUCAAGCAGUAAAUGUUCAUCAUAGUUUAUUACAAGUAAAAGUACUCUUGCUACUUGUUUGUUUAGUUUGAGCUCUGCAGUAGAAACUGCUUAUAACUACAUCGGUUAAAAGACAAAAACAUUGCGCGGACCAAUCACCUAAACUUGUUUAACUGCUUAUCAGUUAUUAAAAUCGAAUAUAACAGAUUACUUCUUCCCUUAUUCUUCCUUGUUGUUGUAAGCGGUUUUAACUGUAUAUAUUAAGGCUGAUGUAUGUAAUUCUAUGCUUUCCGUUAAAUUACUAUUGUGUUCUUUCUCUAUAAAACAGUUGAGGUUUGUUUCUGUAUGAAAUUCCAAUCAGCACAUUUAUAUUUCAUUUUGUUGGCUAUGUUAUUGAUAUAUUUAAUGUUUAAUUUGACAUCUCAAUAUAAGUUUGAAAAUGUAUUUGAUAUUUAGUUGC